AUGUCGUCGACAAAAGGUCUCGUUCUCGUCACUGGAGCCAAUGGGUUUAUUGGCGCGCGCACUGUUGAAGCAUUUCUUGCUACGGGUUAUCUUGUCCGCGCAAUAGUUCGAAGUGAAUCUUCAGCCUCCAGUCUUGUCUCGGUAUUGCCUGACCACGCCUCGUCUGAUCACCUCACAACAACUAUAAUUCCUGACAUCACCACGACUGGGGCAUUUGAUGAUGCAGUGAAGGGUGCGACAGCAAUUGCUCAUCUCGCUGCCCCAGUUGACUUUUCCAACAGAGACAUGGACUACGUCAUCAAUUCCUCUGUGCAGGGAACCCUCAGUGUCCUGGAGUCUGCCAUCAAAGAACCAGGAUUAAAGUCUUUUGUCUACAUGUCGUCCAUUGUGACUGUCAGAGGACAAGCGCCAAAAAAUCCGGAAAAGGGUUACACAGAAGAAGAUUGGAAUGAUCAGAUCGAAGACGCGCUAUCCAAAGCUGGAGUAGAUGCGACGGGACACCAGAUCUAUGUUGCUAGCAAACUGAAGGCAGAGCGCGCGUUCUGGGAGUUCCGAAAAAACCGUGCGGACGAAGUCAACUUUACCAUGACAGCUGUCAACCCAGUCUGGGUAGCUGGUCCACCAUUGAUCUUGCCCGAAGAUCCCGAGAAGCUCAGCGAGACAGCCAUUGUUGCUUAUCGUAUCAUGAACGGUCAGGAUAUGCCUUCCAUGGGCCCUGGAAACGGAACACACGUCGACGUGCGUGAUGUUGCCAGGCUUAUUGUCUUUUCGGUUGAGAGAAAGCAAGUUGCUGACGGACAACGAUACAUCGCUGGUGGUAGCUGCAAUUACGCCAACAUUCAAGCUUACCGCGACUUGUUGCGCAAGACAUAUCGUGGCAGGCAAAACGUUAUCAGUGAGGGUGAUCCCGGGAAGGGAUACAACCAGGACUACAGCACGCCUGAAGGCGGCUUCUUGGUUGAUGGGAGCAAGGCCGUUGAAGCAACUGGUCAGAACUGGAUUUCGUUUGACAAAAUGACAUUGGAUGCCGCAAAGGCGUAUGAGAAGUAUUUUUGA